AUCUGGAGAAUGAAUGAAUGAUAAGAUGAGGCUCAGAAGGCAUGGCCCAUUACUGCCUAGCUGGCCGAAUAACGCCCCCACUUCUCCCUCCUCCAUCCCAUUCACAUAACCGUCUUUCUCCAAACCUCCUUUCCAUUUCUUAAUCAUCUUCAGAAACAAUAAAACGAUCCAUUAAUUCACUUCAAUAGAGGCCAACAAUCCAUAACCAUGCCCACAACUCUCAUACUCGAAGCCAGUCCCGUCACCUCCUUCAAAUGGAAUCACCGCACCAGCUUCCUCACUAAACCCCCUAAGCUCUCUCCAAUCCUCUACACCAAACCCCCACACUCUCCCUCAUACACCCUCAAAUGUUUCUUCUCCCCAAAUCACAAUCACAACCACAACCAAAACACCUCCUCCUCCAAAUCUCCUUUCGAUGUUCUCUUAGACACUUUAUCAAACACCUUGACCGCGUUGCGGAAACCCGCCAUAGCCGCCGUGUUGAUGGGGCUGCUUCUAAUGUACGACCCCAACGCUUCUGCUUUGGCCGCAUCUGGGGGUCGAAUAGGUGGUUCUUCCUUCUCUUCACGUUCUUCUUCUUCUUCUUCAUCGUCGAGAAGUUACUCUGUGCCUAGAACUUCGGCACCUACGCCGGGCUUCUCUUACUCUGCGCCCUAUUACGCACCUUCUCCCUUCGGUUUUGGCGGUGGCGGGAUUUACGUUGGACCCGCCGUUGGGGUGGGUGCAGGCUCUAGCUUGUUCCUCAUAUUUGCUGGUUUCGUUGCCUUCAUUUUGGUCUCUGGAUUUCUUUCCGAACGGUCAGAGGGUAGUGUACUCACCGCAGCUGAGAAAAUGACCGUGCUCAAGCUUCAGGUUGGAUUGUUGGGGAUGGGUCGCACGCUUCAGAGGGAUUUGAAUAGGAUUGCAGAAGUUGCUGAUACAUCAACUCCUGAAGGUUUGCGUUUUGUAUUGACAGAGACCACUCUAGCUUUGCUUCGACAUCCUGAUUACUGUAUUUCAGCAUACUCAGCUGUGGAUGUAAAGCGGGGUAUAGAAGAUGGGGAGAAACGUUUCAAUCAACUUUCAAUUGAAGAACGAGGAAAAUUUGAUGAAGAGACACUUGUCAAUGUGAAUAACAUAAAAAGGCAAAGCUCAAGAAGCCAGAGAGCAAAUGGUUUUAGCAAUGAGUACAUAGUGAUAACAAUUUUGGCAGCUGCUGAAGGAGAACAUAAACUUCCUACCAUCAAUGGUGGUAAAGACUUGAAGGAAGCUUUACAAAAACUUGGAUCGAUUCCAUCUAGCAAAUUAUUAGCAGUUGAGGUGUUAUGGACCCCACAGAAUGAAAAUGACACCCUAUCAGAACGGGAGUUACUUGAAGAUUACCCACUGUUGCGACCUUUGUGAAUUCUGAUCUGCUUGCAUAUGUGCGAGCAAUGGGAUUACGAGCAGAAUUUGUGGAUUGAGUAUCAUUGACGGUAAUUAUGCAUAAAGAUCAAUGUUAUGAACUUAUAUUGUCUUUCUACUCAAUCUGCAAGGUGUGUAUUCUUCUAGCUGCAACCAAUGUAAGUAAUGCCGGACUGUCACAAUGAAAAGGUUCAAUCUUACAAUUUGAUGUUAUUAGUUGUACAAAUUACCAGUAGGAUCAAUUCUAAAGAAUAUAUACACUAUUUAUAGAGAAUUAUUUCAUCACCUAUUCAUCUGAAUCGAAAAUAAUGUCUUUUCUUUUUGUCUUGAAA